AUGAGCAGUUUGAAGCGUGAUGCGGAGCACGUGAUCGUGAACAACGCAUCCCCUGCUAAGAGCAAGAAUUAUGGCAAGUGCCAAUACAAGACCGGCAAGUGUUUCAACGAACGCACUGUGAAGCGCAAUGGCGACGCGCACUCUCUGUGCGAGGAGCACCGCGUCAAGCAAAAUUUGAUUCAACGUCGCAGUGAUCGCAAGUAUCAGACGGUGCACGCCAUUCGACGUCGUGAACGCUCGCAGCGUCGCGCUGUAUUGAAAAAGCAAGUUUCAAUGGCAGUAGCGCAACAGCUUUUCUACGAGCACCAGCAACAGAAAACGCUUGGUAUUCCGCUACCGCAACACCAUCCUCUGCACGUGCUGACAACGAAUGCCGCCACCCCGACCCCGGGUGCAUCGUCUAGGAUGGUGAGCCUCGCGCCUCCUAUUCGGGUCCCACAACCGUCGUCGGCUUUUAUGUUGAACGAUCAGAGCGACUCGAGUUCACCUUUGAUUUUGUCAUUUCAGCCACAAAAUAAUUGCAUGGCAGCUACCAAUGCGACUACAAAAAAAGUAGUAGCAACACCAGCAUCUACGAAAGCCAAGGACGAGUCGACCCCGACUGGUAUCGACAACUUCACAUCCGGUUCUUUUAUGAAUAUCUCCAAGCCGUCGGGCAUGCCGGGGCUGCAUGAUUCGGAGAUUAACGAAAGCAGCAUGAUAGACAGUUUUGGCUACACGCCAAUCGUCUCGUGCUCGGGUGACAAGGAAACGUGGAGCGACGACGACAUUGAAUUCCUGCAGACCAUUUUAUUGGCCUAA